AAUAAAUAAACUCCAAUAUAAACUCUGACAUAAAAGCCCAAUUUUUGGAUCAACAAAUUAGCAACCAUCAACCCCGCCAAAUGGCAAAGAUCCCCAAUCACAAUCUCAUUCAUCCUUGCAAGAACUCCGCCAUUUUUGCUAAUUCUUUGCUUAAACCCUCUUCUUUUUCCUUGAACCCGUCAACCAAAUUCGUUAAUAAAAUACCCACAUUCAGAUGCGAUUCACAGAAUUCUCGAAAUUGGACAACUGUGGAUUAUCAUAUCUCCAAAAUUGAUCCAAUUCAUAUAAUACCCACUUCUCCUGUUCUACCAAUGAGUUCAAAUGCAGCAGAAUCUGUUAAGUAUUCCAAGAAAGUCUGUCUUUUCUAUUGCCCUGAAACUAAAGCUCUUGCUGAAAGAAUUGCGGCUCAAUCUGAUGCUAUUCAACUUCGUACCAUUACUUGGAGGACUUUUGAAGAUGGGUUCCCCAACCUGUUCAUUUCAAACGCUCAAGGCAUACGUGGGCAGCAUGUUGCUUUCUUAGCAUCAUUUAGUUCUCCAAGUGUAAUAUUUGAGCAACUCUCUGUGAUAUAUGCUCUUCCAAAGCUUUUUGUUUCCUCCUUCACCCUUGUCCUGCCUUUUUUUCCUACUGGCACUUCUGAGCGAAUGGAAGAUGAAGGGGAUGUUGCAACUGCUUUUACUCUUGCUAGGAUUUUGUCAAAUAUCCCAAAUUCAAGGGGAGGCCCUACUAGUUUGGUGACAUUCGAUAUACAUGCCUUACAGGAAAGAUUUUACUUUGGUGACAAUAUAUUGCCAUACUUUGAGAGUGGAAUUCCUUUGCUCAAAAGGAGGCUGCAAGAACUGCCUGAUUCCGACAAUAUUUCUAUUGCUUUUCCUGAUGAUGGUGCUUGGAAAAGAUUUCAUAAGCAGUUGCAGCACUUCCCUACGAUUGUCUGUGCGAAAGUUCGAGAAGGUGAUCAACGUAUUGUUCGUCUGAAGGAGGGUGACCCUCGAGGACGCCACGUUGUGAUUGUUGAUGACCUAGUACAAUCAGGUGGUACCCUUAUAGAAUGCCAGAAAGUAUUGGCUGCUCAUGGAGCUGCAAAGAUUAGUGCAUACGUCACACACGGAAUAUUUCCAAACCGAUCAUGGGAACGCUUUAAACCUGACACCAACGGUCGGCCGGAGGAAGGGAUGGCGUACUUCUGGAUAACGGAUUCGUGUCCCCUGACAGUGAAAGAGGUCAAGAACAAGCCUCCUUUUCAAGUCAUUAGCCUUGCUGGGUCCAUUGCUGCUGCUCUUCAGGUUUAAAAUUAGCAGAAAGUAGUACAGAAAAGAGUCCGACAGUUAGAUAAUUGGAGAUUGUGUUCUAUCAGAGCUUUGUAAAUUGUUUGCGGAAUUUGAGCUUUUGUAUAAACAACAAUAAGUGUAUGAAACUAUUAAACAUUCACAUACUUUCUCUGUACCUAUUAAGUUUGUUACAGAGAUGAUCAUCCUCAACAAUCAGCACUGAGAGAUCCUCGUA